AUAGCUCAGCAAAGAGAAACUGAGACCACCCUGCAUCUGCAGAAGACAACACCAAAACAGUCCAUUGAGGAAAGAAAGUGAGCUGAGCUGAGCGGGAGCUGAAGAAUGUGGGAUUGAUAUGGAUGUCAGUCCGGCACAAAAUGACUUUGAUGAGGAAGUGGCCACCCAGUACAUGAUUGAACAGAGCCUGCAGGACUUCCCAAAGGCAGGAGGCUGCGUCGGCUCCAUCACAGAGGACAGCUACAGGUACCCUGCUAACAGUACAGAAAGUGAAAAGAUUUUUGAAGCUAUAAAGGCAGGCAAUGAGAAAGCCCUGCGCCAGCUGUCCACUCACCAGCAAGCUUUCAAAGAGGUUGACAACAGAGGCUGGAUCCCUCUGCACGAGGCUGCUGUCCAGAACAAUAAAACAAUUCUAGAGAUCACUUUUGCAGCCUCUGGCUCAUGCGCUGUGGAUUGCCGGACCCUACGUGGAGAGACCCCACUGUUCCUGGCUGUAGUGCAAGGCCUAAGGGACAAUGCCACCUUCCUGCUGCUCAAGGGCUCCAACCCGGAUUGCAAAAACGAAGAAGAGGAUUCUCCUUUAGUAGCCGCUAUCAAGAAUGACCAGUACGACAUGGCAACGUUGCUGAUCCACUUCAACGCCAGUGUCAACCAACAGGGGGCAAACCAGCGAACGGCCCUGCACGAGGCAGCCCGUCUGGGCAAGGGGAACUUCGUGCAGCUCCUCCUGAACUCAGGGGCAGAUCCCGACCCUUGCAGUGCCUACAGGCUCACCCCGCUGGCGCUGGCGGCCCAGUUUGGGCACACAGACAUUGUUCAGGUCCUGCUGCAGAAAGGUGCCAAUGUGAAGUCCCAGGCCAUGGACUCUGCUUCUAUCCUCUUUGAGGCAGCAGCAUCAGGAAACCCUGACACCAUUUCCCUGCUGCUGGAGUAUGGAGCCGAUGCCAACGUGCCCAAACAUACGGGGCACCUGCCCAUCCACCGAGUUGCGCAUCGCGGGCACCUACUGGCUCUGGAGCAGCUGAUCCCCGUGACGGACCAGGAGGCCGUGUGGGACAGUGGCAUGAGCCCCCUGCACUCGGCCGCGGCCGGGGGACACCUGCAGUGCCUGGAGCUGCUGCUGAACGCCGGCUACGACGUCAACUUCAUGCUGCACCCCCGGGUGCGCCGGGGCUACGACGACCAGCGCAAGUCCGCCCUGUACUUCGCCGUCUCCAACAACGACGUGCGGUCGGCCCGCCUGCUCCUGGAGGCCGGGGCCCUGCCCAACCAGGACCCCGUCAAGUGCCUGCAGGUGGCGCUGCGGCUCGGCAACUACGAGCUUAUCAACACGCUGCUGCGCUACGGCUCCAACGUCAACUACUACUGCCGGGUCAACACCACCCACUUCCCCUCCUCCCUGCAGUACGCCCUCAAGGACGAGGUCAUUCUGAGGAUGCUGCUCAAUUACGGCUACGACGUGCACCGCUGCUUCGACUGCCCGUACGGUGAGGGCUCCCACAUGCCUCUCGACUACGAGGGCUGGUCCCCUUCUGUCAUCAAGGACAACAUGUUCUGUGAGGUGAUCACAGUGUACUGGCUGAGGUAUAUCUCUGGACAAGUGGUGAGGAUCAUGCUAGAUUAUGUUGAUCAUGUGAAAUUUUGUUCCAAGCUUAAAUCUGCUCUCAUGGAACAGAAACAGUGGCAAGAGAUAUGUCAGAUUCAAGAAAACCCCCGCUGCCUGAAGCACCUGUGCCGCCUGCAGAUCCGCCAAUGCCUGGGUCGCCUGCGGCUCCGAGCUCCCGUCUUCAUGAGCUUCCUGCCCCUGCCCAGCCGCCUCAAGGACUACGUCCUCUACCGAGAGUACGACCUCUACGGCCAGGGCACCCUCCUGGGCUCGCGGUGACACCCCAGCGACCACACGCACCUCCGGGCCUCGGUUCUCCUCAGUCCAGGGAGCAGCGGAUUCCCGUUGCUGUCCUGCGCCAGGCCUCCUGAGGGACGGUCACCCCAAGCCACACGACGAGCUUCCCGGAGAAAUGGAAGGGGGUCAUCAUUUCAGAGCAAGGGGCACAGGAGGGUGGAAUAAUGACAUAUGACUGAUUCCCCUUAGGCACGGUCACAUCACAUCAGCCCAAAGAAACUAGAUUUGUGCUGGCAAAUGUCAUCAUUUCGCUAGACACAGUCUGAAAAGGGGAUCUUGCCCCGCCUUUAGCCUGCAAGGCAGCGUAUCGCAUUUCUCGAAUAUCUGGUGGUUGGAAAAGCUUGGAAACAUUCUUGCCCAAGGGGAAAGUCUGGUUGAAAGGAGCAGAACUCUUUUGUAAUCAGAUACCUUGUCAGCGUUAUUCUUUAUGCCUCUAUUAUUGUUGUUUCUUUUUGUUUCUUAUUUUGUUUCCCCAUGCUGGCUUCGUGGUAUGCUUAUGUACUAAAUGAGCUGCAUAAUUAUAUAUAGGAGGUUAUAUCAAAUUCACACAUUUAUUGCAUCGCUGUGUUCUUUUUAAAAUUAACAAGGGUAACAAAAUAUUGGUUAAGGAAAACUAUUAAGAGUCUGGCAGUUGAUACGGCUUGGUGUAUUUGUAGAGAAUAAGACUCAUGAAUGAUGGUGUUCAAUUUGAAAAACACUGGAAAGUAGAGUCACACUCCACUACAAUCAGGUGACCAGUAUCAAGUCUGAAUACAGUAGUAGAACCUUCUGUCGAUGAUCUUACAUUUUUGUUAAAACAUCAGGGCAUGUAUCUACUAACACAAUCUCAGGUAGAGUGCACUCUUUAAAUUUAAAAGAUCAUGUUCUUCAAUGCAGACACUGUUUAGCCAGAUUUUACUUUAAGACAAUUUCUGACGGGUCUAAAGAUUUUCACAAUCUACCAGUUUCAUAUUGUGCUAAAGGCAAUGGAAAUACUUCAGCUGUUCUGCAGCACAGACCAAGAUCUGAGAACCAUCUCAGAUGCACUGUUACUCUAAUACCUAUUACUUUGCUCUGUAUUCCCUGUAUUUUAGCUAAUGCCUUUCAGAAAUAAAAUACAUAAAUCCUGA